AUUUUAGUUUAACAUUUGGCAUAGUUUACAUAGAUUCAAGGGAGAAAGAUAGAGGAAGGAGGACAUGGAUGGUGAAAUUGAGAGGUUCAUCAAGGUAUGGAUCACAACCAUCUCAUCUCUAUGUUAUUGUUAUUACAUAGCUUAUAGAAUACCCAAAGGAUUCUUGAGACUUCUAUCAAUCCUUCCCAUUCUCUCUCUCUUUCUUAUCCUUCCAUUGAACCUCUCUUCUUUCCACCUAGGUGGCCCCACCACCUUCUUCCUUGUUUGGCUUGGCACUUUCAAGCUCCUCCUUUUAUCCUUCAACCAAGGCCCUCUUGUCUUAUCACACCCAAACAUUGUCCACUUCAUUUCCAUAGCUUCCCUUCCCAUCAACCUUAAACAACAAAACCCACAAACUGAAAAAACUACCACCCCACAAGUAGAAAGACCCAAAUGGCUUGUGCUCCUAAAAGUGCUUCUCUUGGCCAUGAUCGUACGUGCUUAUGACUAUAGAGAAAACUUGCACCCUCAUUUCAUCACAAUCCUCUACUGCUGCCACAUGUACCUUGGUGCAGAACUUGUCUUAGCCCUCAGUGCUGCCCCGGUUCGAACCUUUUUCGGUUUUGAGAUUGAACCGCAAUUUAACGAACCAUACCUUUGCACCUCCCUUCAAGACUUCUGGGGCCGUAGAUGGAACCUUACGGUUACACGUAUUCUACGCCCCACCGUAUACGAUCCCGUACGCCGUAUGUCUACGCGCUUUGUGGGUCCCUCCCAUGCCACGUCAGUUGCCGUGUUGGCCGCGUUCCUUGUGUCUGGACUCAUGCACGAGUUAAUAUAUUAUUACCUCGCACGUGUGCCUCCCACGUGGGAAGUCACGUACUUUUUUGUGCUUCACGGUGUGUGCACGGUGGUGGAGGUGGCGGUGAAGAGGGUGAUGCUCCGCCGCGGGUGGCGGCUUCACCGUGCCGUGUCGGCGCCGCUGGUGAUGGCGUUCCUGGCUGUCACCGGGAUGUGGCUGUUUUUUCCUCAGCUGUUGAGAAAUGGUGUGGAUAGGAAGGCCAUUAGAGAAUAUGCAAUUUUGGUAGAUUUUGUCAAGUCUAAGUUACCAUUACCUUUGUUUCACUCUUCAUAGUGAUCAUUGUAAAACUUACAAUUAAUCAAUUUUUCAGAUUUUUUUUUGUGGAAUUUAUUUUAAUAGUACAAAUUACAAUGUGG